AUGUCUCCUAGUAUCGAUGAUCCCUCUCCUAACUCAUCUUCACCAGCAACUGUCAAUUCAUUCCUCACUUGUGCUGAAAGAGUAGCCUGUGAAUCACAAUUAACAUCGGAAGCAUCUUAUUUCUGUAUAACUUGUAAUACACUUCAAUGUAAAGCGUGUGAAAACGAUUUACACAAAAAUAUAAACGACAAUGAACAACAUGAACGUUUCAAUUUGAGUGAAAUUGAGAAUGAAUUAUGCUCAACGAAUAAACAACAUCAUGCUGUAUUCUAUUGCACACAAUGUCGUCGUUUCUAUUGUUAUCCAUGUUGGGAAGAUCAACAUUGUCACGGAGCUGCGCGACAACAUAAACCAUCAAAAACUUGUCAAGAUACACAAACACCGACGACUCCAAAUAAUCAAAAGCACAAUGAUCAAUUUCCACAGCCGGUUACUCUAACACAAAAACAUCAUGAAUCAAAACCAAUUAAAAUUCCACCGGCUACUGACAAACACACAUCAUCUUCAUCAUCAACAAAUAUAGUUGGAACAAAAACUAGUACAGGAAAAUCUGCAUCAUUCGAAGAUUUGAAUCACGGCAAAUUUCAAAAUAUAGACAUGAACAAUGACGAUGAACAUAGUGAAUUUGUGGAGACUGAUAACCGUUAUCACCAUUCGAAAAAAGAACGAUCAUCAUCAACAACAUUUAAACAAAAACCGACAUCGUCUCGAUACAGUUCAUCAGCUGCUCAAUUAAUGUUGCCAAAGCAACACAAUUUUGAUGAACAUCUUUUGUUAGAAUCAAUGUUAGAUGAUGAAGAUACACCAAGUGCUAUAUCAAAAAAGAAACAAGAUCAUCAUAGAAAUAAACACGAUGAAAAGAGAGAGGAAGAUGGAGGUGGAGGACUAUUGCUUUUGGAUGCAAAAGAACAUCUAACAGUAAACAAUGAACAAGAUUUUUUACGUAAACUGCAAUGUGAACAAACAGAUCUAAAUGUUAAAUGUUUGUCGAUUAUCGGAAAUACGGGUGAUGGAAAAAGUCAUACACUUAAUCAAAUAUUUUUCAAAGGAACUGAAGUAUUUCAAACAUCAUCGUCGUCAAAUUCGUGUACAAUGGGUAUUUGGGCAGCAUUAGAUCAAACGACAAAGACAUUAGUACUAGAUACUGAAGGAUUGUUAGGUAUAUCGCAAAAUGCGAACAUACGCAAUCGUUUAUUAUUAAAAAUAUUAUGUAUCAGUGAUAUUAUUGUAUUCCGUACGAGAGCACAAAAAUUACCAAAUGAUAUGUUUCAUUUUUUGUCGGAUGCAUCGAAUGCAUUUUUAAAAUUUUUUCGGAAAGAAUUAGAAAAUGUAAUGAAAAAUUUAAAAGCUGAUGGUCCAAUUACUUGUUUAGGACCAACAUUGGUCGUUUUUCAUGAAACUCAACAUACAGAUGUUUUAAGAGAUGAUUUACAAACUCGAAAAACGGCCGUUGAACAAUUAAAAGAACGUUUUGAAAAAAUGAAAUGCUCGUACGAAGCUUACAGUACAAUCGAAUAUGUUGGUAUACAAACGAAAAAAUUACCAACGAAUUUUGGAGAAUUAAGGUCAACUAUAUUUUCUACAUUGGAUAAUAAUAAAAUACGAUCACCAAGAAAAUUGAGUGUUAUUUAUAAUGCUUUGAAAGCUUUAAAUGAAAAAUUCAAUCAAGUUAUUCCUGAUACUGUUCCAUCAAGUUUACCGGAUGAUUUUUUUACAUGUUGUCUCAAAUGUAUUGCAUGCGGUUCUAAAUGUGUUAAUUCUGCUAAUCAUCAAAAAGAAGAUCUUCCACAUUCGUGUAAUGAACCAUGUAUGUUCAUAAAAGAAAUUGGAAAUGAAGUAUUCAAAUGUUUGCAAUGCCAUCGUGAAGGACGGGAUGUUAUUGUGCCAUGUAAAAUUGUAACAAAAUCAGAUAGUCUUGUGUCAGGAUUGGCUAAAUAUGUGUGGAGCGGAUAUGUAAUUGAAUGUCCUUUUCAUGGUGAAGUUUUUCGUAGUCGAAAAUAUUGGUAUGGAAACAACGAUCCGAAAGAUGUAACACGUGCUGAAAUUGUCCAUGUUUGGCCAGGAGAUGAUAUUACUAAAUUGGCUUCAGACAUAACUCCUCGAAAGAUUAUGGAAAGUGUUUUAUAUGUAGGAAGUUAUUUAUCAGCUCCAACGGCCCAAGUUCGUGAAUGGGUUGCUGAUAGCGUGGCGCCUACAUACUGGACUCCAAAUCGAGAUAUAGCGGAAUGUUCGCAAUGUAAACUAUUAUUCGGUUUAGAACAUUCCAAACAUCAUUGUCGAGCUUGUGGACUUGUCUUUUGUGAAAGUUGUACAAGUAAACGUCGUAUUAUUUCUUGGAUUAAUAAUGAGACUCCAUUACGUGUUUGUGAUAAAUGUUAUUUAUCACCAACACCACCAACAAUAAGAAAUACAGUUAACCAUGAGAAAAUUUCAACAUCCCAUAAUCAUGUAAAAGAUACACGAGUCUCACCUUCAUCUUCAUCUACAACAACAGCAACAACAACCUCCGGUGAGGAUUUGUGUAUGUCUCCAACUGAAAUUUUCGAUAUCGAGUCACCAUCAGGCACUGUUUCAACAGAUAUUCCAACAUCGAGACGUGUUUAUGAAACUGUUAAAAAUCAAUUUGAAAAAAUGGCUGUUACCUAUCCAUUAGAAUUAAUCAAAGAGAGUACACGUCCCGGCUAUUGGAGACCAGAUAAUGAAUGUCGUGCAUGUUUUAUUUGCCAUCAAUCAUUUAAUAAUACCACAAAACGAUUACAUCAUUGUCGAAAUUGUGGCGAUUGUGUGUGUGAGAGUUGUUCACCAACAAAACGUCCGGUACCGGAACGAGAUUGGAUUACACCCGUACGUGUUUGUAAAUUAUGUGAUAGAGCAAUGAAUGAAGGACGUAAAUAA